CACAUGCAAACAAAACGGACAUUGGAGCACCAACAAGGGGAAUGUCCUGCCGCAACUCUGCUGCUUCUCCUGCCGUGGAAACUAAAGUGACUGUGUAGUGACACAGAAGCUUCUCUUCCUGCUUUGCUGUUCUCCUGUGUUUACAGAAAGUUGAGUGGAAUAUAACCCGAAACUUCGCCAUCGCUCGGACCGUAAAAAACAAAAAGGCUGAUCCAAUGGUGGGAUGAAACCCGAGCUGGAAGACCGGAAUGGCUGCACACAUUAAACACCUGGAAUUAUACUUUCUUUGAUAACAUCUCAUACAAUUGCCAAAUAAUUCUGGAAGGAACUCUCCUGAACUCCUACAGAAGCUAGUUUAAUUUCUCUCUGUGGAUUAUAAGUAACGGACUGCCAUCAUGCCUAUUCUCAAGCAGCUCAACCACUCUAACCAGUCCAAGCGGCGGUCUCGGGCUGACCUGACCGCAGAGAUGAUCAGCGCUCCAAUGGGGGACUUCCGCCACACCAUGCACGUCGGCAGGGGAGGAGAUGCCUUUGGGGACACUUCGUUUCUUAGCACCCGAUCAGGGGAACCUCCCAGGGAGCCGGAAACAAAGCAGGGCUCUCCGGGGCCCAAACCAGGGCUGCUGUCCCGCACCUUCAGAAGCAGCAAGCGCUCUCAGUCAGUAAACCGGGGGGACAAGUAUGAGUACAAUAUGAUGGCGCCUUCCGGUGGCUCGUCCACCUAUGUGAAAAACGCCAUAUCCAUGCCUUACCUAAACGAUGACGAAAUUAACAGAGGCCACCAACUGCCGAAGAGCGCUUCCUCAAGCCCCAUGAAGAGGCUGUCGGAGAUUGAGAACAAGCCGGUAAAUGGAGCUGCAGCGAUGGCGACACUGGAUGCAGAGUUCGAAGAGCGUCAUUUCGGCGAACUUACAGAUUUGCCUCCAUCCAUGCCUAAGGGAGGCGGAAUGAAGCACGCAGAGUCCAUCAUGUCCUUCCAUAUCGACUUGGGGCCCUCCAUGCUCGGGGAUAUAUUGAGCGUGAUGGAAAAGAAAGGCUGGGAGGAAGACGACCUCGGCUACGAAGAGGGCGAGGGCCGUGCAUCGCCCUCCCUCAUCCCCCACAUAGAUGACGAUGAGGAGGAGGAGGAGGAGGAGGAGGAGCAGGCCCCUGCAAGGCCACCGCGCAGCAUGUACCAGCAGAAGUCCAUGGUGGAUCCCUACACCCCAGAGCUACACGCCAGGAACAACCACCACAACCUGGAUAGCUGCUCCGUGUCCAGCGCCGGCUCAGUCACCGAGGAGAAACCUCAGUACCACAUCCACGACGGGGACACUGACAGUGCGAAGUACAGCUCGCCACGUAGGGAGGAAAACGGAGAUUUCACCUUCAUGGAUGACGACGACGAUGAGAUUCGAGUGUAAACUCACCUGGUAUCACUGCCAUGAACAGUCUUGAUGGACACUAAUGGGAACCCAAGCUGUAAAAUGCAGUCGAGGGAUUUAGAAGCAAGGCCACAUCUGCUUUAAACUUCUUGUAGAUUAAUCUAAUCUCUGCACACUUUGUUCAACAUCAUAAAUAAAAAACCAAUUAAGCCUUAUUCACUGUGCUGUAGCAAGGAGAUAUGAGCUGAGUGCAUGCCAGAGUGCACACGGACUGGCUCACAAAGUGGAACUCUUAAAAACGUUUGGGUUCAUUUGCAACAUCAAACUCUGGACUCAUUAUUAUCAUUAUUGGAGAAUUCUCCAUUUUCAAAUAAGACUGGCUGCCGUGUUCAAACCGUGUCCUUCUCAAAGGUGCAUUGCUCGUUUCAAGAAGUAAAUGGUGGCCAUAGGGUUAGUGAACUGUACCCCCAGCUGUCAAUCACAUGAAUAGCACAUUUGGGGUGUGAUAUGUGAGGUCACAGACCAGAUGUGCUACAGAUUGUGAAGAAGGAAAGAACAAGAAGGUAAACUCGGAUAGCUUUGUAAUGUGUGGGAGUGAUAAUGGAGCUUAAUUUGCCAAUGACAAUAUUUUGGCAUAGACGCUAAAUAGAUAAAGUAGUUAUUACUUUUGUCCACGUCAGACUUUAAAGGGUGAUUUCUGCUAUUUUUUACUUUUAUUUUAUGUACAUAGAGUAUCCUGAAGUUGGUCUACAGUAGCCUGUUGUAUUUGAGUUUGGUAGUUUAUCAUUUUGCCGCUGUCUCUCUUUAAAUCCACAGAGAGCUGUGGUAUUUAUUUAAAACAUUUUUAUAAGGGACGGGUGUUAAUGUGCACUGUUAGGUCUUAAAAGUUUAGAUUUGGGUUUUUUUCUGAUAUGUUGAAUUUCUUACACGAACGUCUUAAUGGUACUCCAGAGUGAGCCGGCAUCUUUACAUAAAAGUUGUCUGCAGAGCACUUACUUAUUGAACUUAGACACCAAAUUGUCUAAGCCACUGUCAUGGUAAUGACUUCAGUCUUACAGAAUCACCAGCUGCUCGUGAAGGCUUUUUAAUUUGCAAAAAGAAAACAAACGGAAUUGUCAAAAAAGAAGGCUUUGUAUAAGUGUUCGAUGUCCCGUACUUUUUCUUUUUUUCUUCUUCUUCCAAACAGGACAGAAGUGGUGAUUGUGUGUAUUUUGUGUCAACUCAUUCCACACCGUCACUGAGAUUGGUGGGAUUAGCAGGUCAGCAGAGAGGCAUGAAAUGUUUGAAAGGGAGUUGUUGCAGUAGACAAAUUGUUGUAUCAAAGUGUAUAAUUGAGGCCCUACCCAAAACACAUAUCCCCUCUCUAGACAUGUGCUCAGGCUUGUCUCUAAGGAAAGAGAAGGGCUGCAGGAACAUGUACAAAGUGUUAUUAGAGCGCAGACACUUAAUGGAGCAUCAGGUAUGUCUCGGGGCAGAGAGAGUGGCAGAUAUUUCAUGAACUGGCCCCACAAGUGAUACUAUUCACCUCCUCCACACAACCCAAAUAACACAGUAGGAACAGAUGAUUAAAUCAACCCAUCAUCUGGCCUUUCCCAGUCUACUCAUUAAAUGUGCUGGAUUAUUGGCCCCUAAACAGCUGGAACUGCUCCACAAACAGCAGGGUCAGGGGCAGACAGGUGGGCCGUUUCUCCUCGGCUUUUUCUUGUAUUUAGUCUUUACAAUGCGAGCGCCGUCGGCUCCUCCAGGUUACUUUCAGGUCUAAAUAAGGCAGAAAGAUCCACGAUUGAUGUCUGACCUUUUUUUUUUUUAAUAUAUUUAUCUGGGGUUUAGAAAAAGUAAUUGCCAGGUUUGACAAAAUGCGGGCUUUGAAUUUCCUGUUGAUGCGUGUGUACAUGGAAUCAGGAUGCUGUGCCAUUCUGCCUCGGGUUAUUGUAAUGUUUUGGAAACAUGUCUACAGGAACAGGUUGCAAGAAGUUCUGAAAUUAAAAGCGAUCUGGAGGAAAUUGCCAAGUAUGUUCUAACUUUAUUAUUGGAUAACGUUAGCAGGAAGUUUGAUUAUGUUUUUUACUUAUGUAUAGAUAAACAGGAAGAUUUGAGUCAGCGCUCUUUCAUAUUUUGAUGUAAUCGGGCCAAUUUUUAAGAUGUCUUUUACUUUUAUUGGUCGAUUUAUGAAAUGCCUGGUUUGUGGAUUGUUUGAGCAGCUGCAAUCCUUCAUGUUCAUCACCAAGAAAUGCACACUUUAUAAAAAAAAAGAAGAAGAAAAACACUCUUAUCUUUGUUUUAAUUAAGUAAUGUAAAUAUAAUUUGUGCCAUCGACGAUUACAGUCAACAAUCUUCGCGAUCAGCAGUGUGGCUAUGUGGUACAAGCGAGAGAACCGGAAGAAUGUGAGCAGCUUUAACACUAAAUGGCACAUUUGUGGCCAAAUUGUAUUUGCAAGUAAAUUUGAAAAGGGGUAAAUAGAGAAUGAUGGGAAAGUAUACUAAAGUACUUUCUUGUUAUUGUCUUAACUCUCUGUAGGACACUCCUAAGUAGGCCAGAAGAGACUGUGCAAAUACUUUCUGCCCCAGGUCUGCUUAAAGGUUUUCUGUGCCCUCACAGCAGCAUUGGUUUGGUGAGCAAAAACAAAAAAGAUAAGGACUGUGAAAAACAAAUGGCUCAAAGUUCUGCUGUUGAAUGUUUUCUUUUUUUUCCCCUAUUCAGUGGCUGUAGUGUUAUGCCAAGUAUGUACUGAUUUCUUUUCCUACUCCUUAUUCUGGUUUUACAGUAUAUUAAUAUAUUUACCUUCCUCACUUUCCUUUCUUUGAAAUAACAGCUAUAUUUUUCAAUAAAAGAGAAAGCUGGUAAUCUUUAA